AACAAACUCUUGACCGUCAUCCGAUCUUGUACUGUGGCUGUGGUGAUCCGAAGCUUUGUUUGACAUAGCUCAAUAUUGUUCCCAAGCUAUAGUCGAGUGUUUAUUGACAGUUCCUGAAUUUGUCUCCUGUCUGACAAGGCAAGGUAUAUAAACAAGGGUAACCCAUUCAUCAAUCAACGACCUCCUCCCCAUCCUUCCAUUUAUCCCUCACCCUCAGCAACGUAUCUUCCACCCUUUCUCUUACUCUCUCACAAUGAAGAACUUUGGCGGUGCAACAUUGAGCCUAUUGGCCGCCACCCUCUCCGUAGCAGCUGCUGCUCCAACCAUUCAAUUAGUCUUCUCUCGUUCAGAUGAUGCAUGUACAGCAUUUGGAGAACCAGGGUUACUCAAAUUGAAGGAUGCAAACGGACACAUGAACGGCACAGUCUUAGCCGAAGGAACAUUCUCUGCAACGGGAAACGAACAAGGGAAUACAAAUUUGAUCACCCAAUUCGAACAAUGCGAUUUUGAUGGUUACAAUUAUCAACAAGGAUCUUCACGUAAUUCAGGCGGAAGUAUGGGUGCUCCGAUUGAGUACUUUGGUCGGGUAACAAGAGGAUCAGAUUGCUUGACUGCUUCUACCACAGAUAUCGGGGCAGAUGGUAAUGCGUUCCGAUACAACCCCUGUUCAACAGAAGACGAUGAAAUCAGAUUAAAACAAUUUUUCACUUAUCAAAUCUCCGCAACGGAAAGUAUUGAUAUUGGAUUUGUUGGAGCAAAGAAUGACACGCAAAAUCCGUAUAAAGGUCCUUAUGGAUGGACUGCAGGUCCCAAAUUUAGCCCUGCAUGGCCACGAGUCAUUCAAGCUUCUGAUCAAAAACAUGAUUAUGAACUUGAACUUGUCUCUUCCUCCGAUUAGAUACAAAACAAUCAGCACAUUUCGCAUAACCUUGUAGCCUAGUAUAACGCAGCAUUUUUGAGCAUCCCUGUCACUUUGAUCC